ACUUAAUAUUCAUGAGCUGAGCCUCAGGCAUAGUAGGAUUGGAGGUUUUCGCUUUUACUCUUAUGAAUAACCGGAAGCGCACAUCUCUGAUGUCAGGCACUUGCUCUUCUGAUCAGUCUUGUGCAGUUUUUUUCACGCUGAAAAUCCAUCGGAGUUUACUUACUUGGGUGAAGUUGUCCACAUUGCGUGUUUUCCUCCGCCUUGGAUCACUGCAUCAAGUUUGACAGCAGGACGCUGAGGAUUAAUUUUAAUUUUGGAAGAGAUUUCUACAUUCCGCUGAAAUAUGUUGUUUCUCAUGCAGACGUGUAGCAGAUCACUCUGAAGCUUCAGGAUGAGAAAAUGGCGCAUAUGUUUACUCCGCCAGGACCUCAAAGUCUCCGUAAGUUCACCCGCGAGUCCCUUAAGGCCAUCGAGAGCCGGAUCGCAGAGGAGAAUGCCAAGAAGUCCAAGAACACGGAGGAGAGAAAUAAAGACAAUGAAUGUAGCAGGAAACCCAACAGCGGUCUGGAGGCCGGGAAAACUCUGCCGUUUAUAUACGGAGAAGUUCCCAAAGGACUGGUGUCUACACCGCUGGAGGACCUGGACCAGUUCUACAGCAACCACACAACUUUUAUAGUAGUGAGCAAAAAAAAGGAAAUCUACCGUUUCAACGCCACUCCUGCCUUGUACAUCUUCAGUUCCUUCAACCUUCUGAGGAGAAUAUCAAUUCAGAUUUUGGUACAUUUUUUGUUCAAUUUUAUUAUAAUCUGCACUAUUCUGGCAAACUGUGCAUUCAUGGUCUACACACAAACCCCGGACUGGGCCAAGAGUGUAGAAUAUGUCUUCACUGGGAUAUACACUUUAGAAGCACUGGUCAAGAUCACCGCCAGGGGAUUCUGUGUGGGACGCUUUACUUUUCUCAGAGAUCCGUGGAAUUGGUUGGAUUUUAUUGUUAUAGUCAUGGCAUAUGUAACAGAGUUUGUGGAUUUGGGGAGCGUGUCCGCCCUGCGAGCAUUCAGAGUUCUUCGAGCCCUGAAAACUAUAUCAGUCGUCCCAGGGCUGAAAACCAUCGUUGGUGCUCUGAUCCAGUCAGUGAAGAAGCUCUCAGAUGUCAUGAUCUUGACCCUUUUUUGCCUGAGUGUUUUUGCAUUGGUCGGACUCCAGCUCUUCAUGGGAAUUCUAAAGCAGAAAUGUGUGUAUUCGACAUCUUUUACUGAAAACAAGGAAGCAUGUUACAAGAACAAAACAUGCAGGGAUUACAUUAACAAUCCAAGUAAUCAAUAUUUCCUACCAGGAAAAAAAGAUGCACUGAUCUGUGGAAAUUCUUCUGAUGCUGGGCAGUGUCCAGAGGGAUAUACGUGUUUAAAAGCAGGUAACAAUCCAGAUUAUGGUUACACAAGCUUUGAUUCGUUCGGCUGGGCUUUCCUUUCCUUGUUCAGACUGAUGACUCAAGACUUCUGGGAGAAUCUUUACCAACAGACUCUUCGGGCCGCUGGGAAAACCUAUAUGAUUUUUUUCGUGCUGGUCAUUUUCUUGGGAUCCUUCUACCUGGUGAACCUCAUCCUGGCUGUAGUCGCCAUGGCAUACGACGAACAGAAUCAAGCCACGAUCGACGAGGCUUUGAAAAAAGAGGAAGAGUUCAACGCCAUGCUUGAGCAGAUCACGAGACAGGAGCAGGAAGCUGAGGCUGCAGCCGAACAGUCCAAGUGUGAGGGUCUCAGUGGAGAAAAGACGGACAGUUCCUCGGACGCCUCCAAACUCAGCUCCAAAAGUGCCAAAGAGCGACGCAACCGCAAGAAAAAGAGACAACACCAGGGGGAAAGCGAGAAAGAGGAGGAUUCCAUAAAAGAGGGAAAUGACAGAAAGCCCAACUUCACUUUUGCAGUGGAUGGAAAGAUCCGGCGAUCACGGGACAGAUCAUACACGUCUCCACGUCAGUCCCCCUUGAGUUUUCAGGGUUCCCUCCUCACUCCUCGUCGGGACAGCAAAGCGAGCGUCUUCAGUUUCCGUGGACGAAUUCAUUCAGAUAACAACUACGCCGACGACGAGCAGAGCAUGUUUGAGGAGACGGGCAGCCGAAGAGACUCUCUGUUUCUUCCCACUCGACCCGAGCGUCUUUUCAGCAACGUUAGCAAAAGCAGUCUGACUCCGCACUUACUGCUGCCUUCUAACGGGAAAGCACGCUACGUGGAUGACAGCAACGGGAUGGUGAUGGUGACAAGUGGAGCAUCUGCACCAAACUCCCCUGUCAUAGCCCUGAAUACACCAGAAGUUUCCCGAAAAAGAGCCAUGUUUGACGACACUUGUGCAGACUCAGAUGACGAACGCAGAAGCAGAUGUAAUUCACAGAACUUUUCGAAGGCUUAUCGGCAGUCUAUGAGAGAGAGAGCUUUGAGUGUAGCAAGUGGCAGCAACAACCCUGCUGAAUGUUCAGAGAUCUUUAAACAGAGGUGUGAGGAGUGGUGGUUCGAGUUUGCGGAGAAUUAUUUGAUCUGGGAUUGCAGUCCCACAUGGCUGAGGAUAAAGGAGGUCGUCCACAUGAUUGUGAUGGACCCGUUUGCGGAUCUGUUUAUCACCAUCUGCAUUGUGAUAAACACAGUAUUCAUGGCCAUGGAGUGUUACCCUAUGGAUGGACCAUACUCUAGUAUGCUUUCGACUGCUAAUGUGGUUUUCAUUGGCAUCUUCACAGCAGAGAUGAUAUUCAAGGUCAUUGCGUUGGACCCGUACAGUUAUUUUCUGGAAGGCUGGAAUAUCUUCGACAGCAUCAUUGUCACUUUGAGUCUGAUGGAACUUUGUCUGGCAAAUGUUUUGUCUGGAAUUGGAUUUCUAAGACCAUUUCGACUGCUUAGGGUCUUUAAACUAGCGAAGUCGUGGCCAACGCUGAACAUGCUUAUCAAGAUCAUCGGGAACUCUUUGGGCGCUCUCAGCAACCUGACGCUGGUUCUGGCCAUCAUCGUCUUCAUCUUUGCUGUGGUGGGCAUGCAGCUGUUCGGAAAAAGCUACGGCGAGUGUGUGUGCAAGAUCUCAUCCGACUGCAUGCUUCCUCGCUGGCACAUGAACGACUUCUUCCACUCGUUCCUGAUCGUUUUCAGGGUCCUCUGCGGAGAGUGGAUCGAGACCAUGUGGGACUGCAUGGAGGUGGCAGGACAGCCUUUGUGCUUAACUGUGUUUAUGAUGGUCAUGGUGAUCGGAAAUCUGGUGGUUCUGAAUCUGUUCCUGGCUCUACUGCUUAGCUCCUUCAGUGCCGACAAUCUGGCGGUCAGUGGUGAAGAAGACGAAAACAACCUGCAGAUCGCUGUCCGUCGAAUCAGGAAAGGCUUCACUUUCAUCAAAACCUGCCUUCAGAGUUUCUUCAGGAGUGGCUGUUUACGGAAGAAGAAGCAGAAGUCUGCAGAUGGCAACAUGAUCGUGAACUGCAAGGAAAGGAAAGAUAGCACAAACCACACUACAAUAGAGCUGGUUAAAAGCACUGGAGGAACCGAUCUGGAUAGCGACACCGAGAAUUUUAUCAGCAACCCGAGCUUGACUGUUAGUGUCCCGAUUGCCGCAGAGGAGUCUGAUUUUGAGUGUCUGAACACAGAGGAUUUCAGCAGCCUUUCUUCAGACCUAGAGGAGGAUAAAGAGAAACUGUCUGACGUGGCGUCCAGCUUCUCAGAGGGAAGCACAGUCGACCUCAGACCACUCGGCAAAGAUGGAGAAGACGCCCUGGAGUUGGUACUCGAGGAAGAAGCAUAUCCUGAACCCUGUUUCACAGCAGGGUGUGUCCGGAGGUUUCGAUGUUGUCAGGUGGACGAAGAAAAGGGCAUAUGGAAGAAAUGGUGGCUGCUGAGACAGACCUGCUAUAACAUAGUGGAGCACAGCUGGUUCGAGACCUUCAUCGUCUUCAUGAUCCUGCUGAGCAGUGGUGCUCUGGCUUUUGAGGACAUUUAUCUGGACACAAGGAAGAGCGUUAAGACCAUACUGGAGUUUGCUGAUAAAGUUUUCACCUACAUCUUCAUUCUUGAGAUGCUGCUAAAAUGGGUCGCAUAUGGAUUCGCCAAAUACUUCACCAAUCUGUGGUGCUGGCUGGAUUUUGUCAUUGUUGAUGUCUCGCUGAUCAGCCUGGUGGCCAACGCCCUCAACUAUUCAGAGCUGAGUGCCAUCAAAUCCCUGCGAACACUCAGAGCCUUCCGGCCGCUUCGGGCUCUCUCACGCUUUGAUGGAAUGAGGGUGGUUGUGAACGCUCUUCUGGGCGCCAUUCCCUCCAUCAUGAACGUCCUGCUCGUCUGCCUCAUCUUCUGGCUCAUUUUCAGCAUUGUGGGUGUCAACUUCUUCGCUGGGAAGUUUUCUGAAUGUAUAAACAUAACCACGGAGCAGCGCCUGCCUGUCUCAGAGGUCUAUAACAAGACAGACUGUGAAAGAAUGGGGAAAGGAGUCCGCUGGAGAAAUGUGAUCAUUAACUUUGACAAUGUUGGGAAUGGAUACCUGGCCCUGCUGCAAGUGGCAACAUUUAAAGGGUGGAUGCCUAUUAUGUAUGCAGCGGUAGACUCUCGCAAUCCAGAAGAACAGCCGGAGUAUGAGGUGAAUCUGUACAUGUACCUCUAUUUUGUCAUCUUCAUCAUCCUUGGAGCCUUCUUCACAUUAAACCUCUUCAUUGGCGUCAUCAUUGACAACUUCAAUCAGCAGAAGAAAAAGUUUGGGGGUCAGGAUAUUUUCAUGACAGAAGAACAGAAGAAAUAUUACAACGCCAUGAAGAAACUAGGCUCAAAGAAACCCCAAAAACCCAUUCCAAGACCAAAAAACAAGAUUCAAGGACUCAUCUUUGACCUCGUAACCAAACAGGCCUUUGACAUUUUCAUUAUGGUCCUGAUCUGGCUCAACAUGGUCACUAUGAUGCUGGAGACGGAGGAUCAGUCGAUUGAAAUGACCCGUGCGCUGUACUGGAUCAAUGUCAUUUUCAUUGUGCUCUUCACCACCGAAUGCGUCCUGAAGAUGAUCGCUCUGCGCCAUUACUUCUUCACCGUUGGCUGGAAUGUGUUUGACUUUAUCGUGGUCAUCCUGUCUAUAGUUGGCAUGUCUCUAACAGAAGUCAUCAAGAAGUACUUCGUCUCGCCCACCUUGUUUCGUGUUAUUCGCCUGGCCCGGAUCGGCCGCGUCCUACGCCUCAUUCGAAGCGCCAAAGGCAUACGGACCCUUCUGUUCGCGUUGAUGAUGUCCCUUCCUGCCCUUUUCAACAUCGGCCUCCUUCUGUUCCUCGUGAUGUUCAUCUACGCCAUCUUCGGCAUGUCCAACUUUGCCUACGUCAAAAAAACGGCCGGCAUCGACGACAUGUUCAACUUCGAAACCUUUCCCAACAGCAUGCUCUGUUUGUUUCAGAUAACCACAUCGGGGGGCUGGGACGGCCUGUUAGCGCCUAUGCUAAACAGCAAACCUCCAGACUGUGAUCCGACGAAAAACUUCACUGGAAGUUCGGUCGUAGGCGACUGCGGGAAUCCGUCCAUCGGCAUUUUCUUCUUCGUAAGCUACAUCAUCAUAUGCUUUCUCAUUGUAGUAAACAUGUACAUCGCUGUUAUCCUGGAGAACUUUAGCGUAGCCACUGAAGAGAGUGCCGAACCGUUGAGCGAAGACGAUUUCGACAGGUUUUAUGAAGUUUGGGAGAAAUUCGACCCCAAAGCGACGCAAUUCAUGGAAUACGGUAAGUUGUCAGACUUCGCCGAUUCUCUAGAUCCUCCUUUGCGGAUACCAAAACCCAACCGGUUUCAGCUGAUGUCUAUGGAUUUGCCAAUGGUGACUGGAGAUCGAAUCCAUUGUUUGGAUAUUUUAUUCGCCUUCACCAAACGCGUUCUCGGGGAAGGUGGUGAGAUGGAUAUGCUUCAUGGACAAAUGGAGGACCGAUUCAUGCAAUCCAACCCGUCGAAAUCUUCUUACGAGCCCAUUACGACAACAUUGCGCAGAAAACACGAAGAUAUGUCUGCUGCGGUCAUCCAGAGAGCCUUCAGGAAGCACUUAGUCCGAGAUAGCAUGAAGAAAGUUCGCAAUUUCAAGAAAAAAAACAAGCAUCAGAAUGGGAAAGUGCCGAGUAAUCAGUCGAUGGAUAAAGAUAUGUGCAAUGAAGACUCGGACGCAACGGCAGCAACGUCCUCUCCGCCGUCCUACAGUAGUAUCACGGAGAACGCCAAAAAUAAAUACGAGAAGGACAAGCAUGAGAAGGAAGUGGGCGACAAAGGUAAUCAAGUGAAGAAGAAGUAGCUAUUUAUUUCAUUGAUAUUAACAAUUGUUUACAACUUUUACUUCAAGUUGUUUGUCAGGGUCAGUUGGUGUUGUGUUUACGCCGUACUGCCUGAACAUACUUGAACUUUGUGCCUAUUCUGGAGCUGUGAUUAACAUUGGUUAGGCGGUGAAUCUGCUGCGCCUAACCUGUUUCACUCACUGGAUAUAAAAAGAUGGAC